GCUGCCCUCAUUCAUUUAGGCUACCUGAAUGAGAGACGGUGCAUAAGCUUCAUGUCUGUAUUGCCAGAGAGAGAUUUGAAGUCCUGCGGAGGGGUUGGGCAGACAAUGUCGCUGUUUUGACCCGCAGCCACGCGGUGAGGAUUAGGUAUUUUAAGACUUGUGGAAAUUUCCCAUGCCGUUCCGCGCACGCUCAGUGGAGUUAGCGCGCAACCGAUGUAACGGAAAAAACAGACGAGGGCAAGGCAAAGCAUCUUCAUCCACUGGGAAUGCCUGCGGUUCACAAGGUUGGCGCAUCUAUCUCCAAACCCAGAGAAACAAAUAAUAAUACAUGGAGGAAUCCUUACAAUCGUAACAAAGGCUUUUUACAGCGUGACACUAUACACUGGAUGCACUUUAACGCACAUCAGGUCUGAUCCUUCCAUUGUAAACAUGGGUGUGAAGGUUUUACAGUGCUUUCCCUUCUAUCGGCAAGGCAAGGACCGCCGCAAAGGAAGAUUGUGCCCUCCCCAAGCAGUGCCAUCGGUGGAUCUGAAGCAAGAAUUCUCCACCACUUCCUGGUCAUGUGACAGUGAGGGCGGUGGUGGUGGGUCUACGUGUCGGGUCUACUUCCCCCAGAAGGCUCGUAUCAGCUACCGCCACCAGAUGGAGGGCCACGUUAUCGAUGCCACCUACUAGGCCUGCACCUCCCC